AAACCCGUCCGGGGCUUGUUUAGAUCCGAAUCAGCUGAGACAAUAACAACAAUACCAGCCGACAGCGGCGUCCGGAUGGCGGUUUGGCAGACGGACUCCCCCCGCGAUCAGCAGGAGAGCUGGUGCUGACGGUGACCCGUCUGCACCUCCGUCACCUCCCAGCGCCGACCACGGGGGCCACGCCGGCCCCGCGCCGACAUGUCAGAGACUCUGAUCACGGGCCACACAUCCGAGGACCUGCUGGCGGACUUUGAGACGCUGCUGAACUCGGGCAGCAUCGACCUGGGCGAGGAGCACCAGAUCGUGAUCAUCACCAGCCCCAGCAAUGAGGGGCUGCACCCGGCCAGCGCCCCCAGCAGCACCGGGGAGAUCCUGCUGUUCGCCACGCCCCAGGGCCCCGCCGAGGCCGCGGGCCAGGACCGGCGGAGGCCGCCGCUGGGACGACCCCCGGUGAAGCGGAAGUUGGACCUGGACAGCGACCACCAGUACGUCAGCACCACCCGACCAUCGACCGGCCAGGCCCCGCCUUCCACGCCGGCUCCGCCCAGAGUUCCCCGCAGCACCAACGAGAAGUCCCGCUACGACACGUCCCUGAACUUGACCACCAAGCGCUUCCUGAACCUGCUGUCGCAGUCGGCCGACGGCGUGGUGGACCUGAACUGGGCCUCGCAGGUGCUGGACGUGCAGAAGAGACGCAUCUACGACAUCACCAACGUGCUGGAGGGAAUCCAGCUCAUCUCCAAGAAGUCCAAGAACAACAUCCAGUGGCUCGGUAACCGGAUCGACGCCACGCUGGUUUCCCGCCACAAGGAGCUGCAGAGGGAAGUGUGCGAGCUCACCGAGGCCGAGGAGCAUCUGGACGAGCUCAUCUCCAAGUGCAACCUGCAGCUGCGGCUCCUCACAGAGGAACCGCAGAACAAGAAGCUGGGUUACGUGCGCUGCCAGGACCUGCGGCAGUCGUUUGAGUCUCCGGACCACCUAGUCAUGGUGAUCCGAGCCCCCCCCGAGACGCAGAUGCAGGUGUCCGAGCCCAGCGAGGGAUACCAGGUGUCACUGAAGAGCACGCAGGGUCCCAUCGACGUGUUCCUCUGUCCGGACGACAACUCCGGCGUCUGCAGCCCCGUGACGGGAAACAGCCCGUCCAAGGACAGCGACGCCGACCCCGCCCUCGCCCCGUCUCCCGCGGCGACCCCGGACCACUCGCAUCCGACGAGCACGGCGCCGCAGGAAGCCGGGUUCUCGUCGCCGGCGUCCACAUCCUCCACGGUGACGGCGUCGUCCCAGCAGGAAGCUUCGGGGCUGGCGUUGGCCGGAGACGCAGAAUCGCUGCUGGGAGGCGACCCGUUCUCCAGCCUCGGGGACAUCGCCGACUUCGACCUGUCGCCCCUGUCGUCCUCGGACUUCCUGAACGGAGACGGCCUGCCGCUCCCGCUGGACAGUUUCAUCAACCUGUCGCCCCCCCACGGCCACGACUACCACUUUGGACUGGAGGACCACGAGGGAAUCAGCGAACUGUUCGACUGCGACUUCGACGAGCUGUCGCACGUUCUGGGGGACGGAUAGAUAGACGGAGGAGCAGGAGGAGGAGGGACGGUGGUAAACCGCUCUCAAGGAGCGCUGGGAACCAACGUUUUCUGGACUGAUGUUUGUUUUUAUAACCGCGGGCUUUGGGAGAGUGUGUGUGCCGUGGCCGCCGUCGAUCCCCGAAACACCAACCCAAACUACAUUUAGAAAUUACCCUGAAAUUGUACAGAAAGAGAGAAGAAAAAAAAAAGAAUCAUCAGCACUUGUUUGACAUUUUCAAAUUUUAGAGCGAGAGUUUAGCUUUAGUAUAGCUAUUUAAAUUAUUUAUAUGAAUGUUAUUUUGAUAUUUUGUACCAAGUGAGGUUUUGGAUGUUGUUCAUGUUUUUAAUGUAAUUGGAUAGUGGAGGUGUGUGUGUGUGUGUGUGUGUGUGGGGGGGGGGGCAUGUGGUUAGUUUCCUAAACUCUGAUUUCACCCGUAGACUCUUAAAACCCCCCGUUUCAGGGUCUUUUCUGCAAGUUGGGGAAACGAGCCUUAACUGAUACCGACCCAAUGAUGAAGAACGUCGCGAGCAGGAAACAAAAGGGAACGUUUUUUUCCAUCACAAAUAACUUUAGAAAACUGGAAUUGUGUUAAUAAGCUGCAAUUUGUCGUCUCUGGUCACUCCGGUCAAAAUUUCUACAGCAGAACUUUUUUUUUUUGUUUUUUUGUGCCGCUAGUGGCCUUUUAUUGAGAAAGUCGGUAGACAGGAAGCAGGUAGAGCGAUCCAGGGCCCCUCGAGCAGAACUUUCUGGUGAAUUUGGUCAAAUUAAACAAAUUGUACCAGAUACUAAAAAUGAUUUAAUGAUCAUUUUUGCUUUUGUAAACUAUUUCACGUUAGUCUGGAGGUGCUCUAAAACAUUUUAGUCGAUUUUGCAGUAAAACGUUGUUGAUCGAAGGUGGUGUCGUCAGUACGGAAGAGUAUUAGGGCCAUGAAGGAGAAAAAAUAUUUUAGAGGAGGAAGAUUUUUUUUCUUUUAUUGUGCACUUCGAGAAAAAAGUCGAAAUGUUGAAAAGUCGAAAUGUCGAGAAAAUAGUUGAAAUUUCGAGAUUAAUGUUGAAGUACAAUUUGGAGAAAAAAGUCAAAAUGUCGAGAAAAAAGUUGAAAAGUUGACAUUAAUGUUGAAAUACAAUUUCGAGAAAAAAGUUGAAAUUUCGUCAAUUAAGUUGAAAUUUCGUGAUUAAUGUCGACAUUUCGAGAAUAAAGUUGAAAUACAUUUCGACUUUUUUCUUGAAAAUUGUACUUCAACAUUAAUCUCGACAUUUCAACUUUUUUCUCGACAUUUCGACUUUUUUCUCUACAUUUUCAACUUUUUUCUCGAAGUGCAUUAUGAUUAAAAAAAUCUUCCUCCUCUAAAAUAUUAUUUUUAUUUUUCUCCUGCCUGGCCCUCUUCCUCUCUUCCGUACGUCAAUUCUGGAGCCAUCUUGGUUCUUUUUAACAAAAAAAACCCCAUGUUUUUGUUAAUUGGCUGGUUUCACUAGAAUAAUUUAUUAACACAAUUCUGGGCGGAGUGUCGUCGUCGUGCAGGAAACGCAGUGCGGAUCAGGCCGCUGCAGCUACGGUGGUGGGUUCAAGAGGAAAGUUAAGCGGGCGUUCAGCCGUACUCUCAGGUGCUCGGAGCGGGACAAAGUCUUAACGUUUGUGGUGCCAGCGUGUAUCAGUGUUGUUUUUGUUUAGGUUGGUUUGCGUAGGUCCACUGUAGACUUCUACAGGCGAGUGGAAAGUUCCCCGAAUUACCCGGACGCUGCGAGGGUCGGGCCCAGGCUCGUGCAGCGGCGUCGGUUCGAUAAAGAACUCGUAGGUUUGGGUCUUGUGACAGGAAUGCAGGACAGGGCUCACCCUGUUGCUGCUCAGAAUAUGCACUUCAUAUCAGCUCAGUUAACGUUCAUGCCUUAAAUCAAUGACUCCUCUAGUUAAAAAGUGAUCCAUCUUAUCGUAACCCUCAAAGAUCCAUUCUUUCUUUCUUUGUUUUCUGCCUGCGGUCACAUCAUAGGCUGCUUCUUCACUCAUUUUCUGUUAAAAUCAGUAAUAAAAUGUACAUCAUGUCAUUAACUUGGUGAAUUUAAACCUCAUAUAUUCUUGUACACACAAAUGUCUUUCCGCUCCCUCCCUUUUUAAGUUAUCUAAGCUAACAUGCUUUUUGCAAGUAUUCCUCAAGAUUUUAUUUGGUGUGAGUUUGUGUAUGUGUGAAUUUUGUUUAAUUUCAUAUUUAUUUAAAUUGUAAAAAAAAAAGAAGAAAAAAAGGAUUUUAAUAGAAUGGUAGAAGCGAGUUUCUGAUGUCGGUCAGGAAGGGACUUUGUUUUUAAACCAUGAAAAUCCUGGAUAAAACAUUCAGUUGUUCAAUAGAAGUAUUUUGUUAUGAAUAUAGUUCUUUUUAGAACAUUUAUAAUUUUCUGAUUUCCCCCUUUUAAUAUGCUAAAUAUAUAUAUUUAUACAGUUUUCUUCCUUCAUAACGUCUGAUUUUCAAUUUUCCUCGCCUACGCCCCCUGGUGUUCAAGACGAGGAAAUGCAUGUUUCGAUCGAUCCACUUGCUUCUGUGCAGUCGUGUCAUACGUCUGUCUGUCGGUCCAUUCGUUCCUGCAGGAACCUCCAUAAUCUUGCGACUAUUGAUUAAAACGACGACUCCUGCAGGUUAUCGGAGCAGUUUAUGCCCCACAUGCAAUGUUAGAAAAAAAACAACCAAAAAACUGCAACGUAUUCCAGAGUCACCAUAAGCUGUGCUAACGUUUUGACUAAGUGUGUUAAACUGUUUUGGCGUCAAAUUAAGUCCGUUAAAAGAGUGGGCAAUAAGUUCACCGACCCUU